UGCAGGGUGUGGUUGCCAGGAGCGGGGCCGGCCGCGGAGCGACAAGCCAACCGGGCUGCGGCGGACGGGGUGUGGACCGCGAGCGUUGGCCGCCGGGGAUGGAGGCGGCGCGCCGCAAGCUCGGGCCCCGCGGGGACAGUGCCUUUGAAGAUGAGACUGUGAAGCUUCGACAACUGAAACUAGACAACCAGAGAGCACUACUGGAGAAGAAGCAGAGGACGAAGCGCCUGGAGCCCCUCAUGGUCCAGCCAAACCCAGAAGCCAGGCUGCGUCGGCUGAAGCCCAGCGGCAGUGAGGAGCACACGCCGUUGGUAGAACCUCAGACUCUUCACAGCGAUGUCGUCCUGCAUGGCAUUGAUGGUCCAGCUGUCUUCCUAAAGCCAGAUGCUCAUGAUGUAGAAACCACACUUCAUGUUCUCUCAGUAGGCUCUUCUGCUGCAGAGGAAGAUACUGAAGGCAGUGCUGACAGAGAAAGCACUGUAAAUUCUACUUCCAAACAAGACCUUCAGGAAAUUCUCCAAAAACAUGGUAUCUCAGAUAGUUUGAACUUUGAUGAGGACAAAACUGAUGAUGAGGAAGAAGGACAAAAAUUAAGUUCCCAAUCACGUUAUUCAGAAACAGAGAGACCCACUUCUGCAUCCAGCCAGAAAUCAACCACUAGCACAGGAGCUUUGGGCACUGCAGGCCCACAAGUUGACCCCCAGUUCAAAGAAGUGGAGAACCUGGAGGACUUUGCAUACAGUCCCGCUCCGCGCGGUGUCACAGUCAAAUGCCGGAUAACCAGGGAUAAGAGAGGAGUGGAUCGGGGUCUCUUCCCCACAUACUUUAUGCACUUGGAAAAAGAUGACAGUCGGAAGAUAUUUCUUCUUGCAGGUAGAAAGCGGAAAAAGAGCAAAACAUCCAACUAUCUGAUCUCCACCGACCCAACGGAUUUAUCUCGAGAAGGAGAAAGUUACAUUGGCAAGCUCAGGUCCAACCUCAUGGGCACCAAGUUCACGGUGUACAACCACGGCGUCAGCCCCUUGAAGGCCCAGGGUCUGGUGGAGAAGACCCACACCCGGCAGGAGCUGGCUGCCAUCUGCUAUGAAACAAAUGUGCUUGGAUUUAAAGGGCCUAGAAGAAUGUCUGUGAUUAUUCCAGGGAUGAAUAUGAAUCAUGAACGGAUCCCAUUUCAGCCACGAAAUGACCAUGAGAGCUUGCUUUCGAAAUGGCAGAGCAAAGCCAUGGAGAACCUGAUUGAGCUGCACAACAAGGCCCCGGUCUGGAACGAUGACACGCAGUCCUACGUCCUGAACUUCCACGGCCGGGUCACUCAGGCGUCAGUGAAGAACUUCCAGAUAGUGCACGAUAAUGACUCUGACUACAUUGUUAUGCAGUUUGGGCGUGUGGCAGAUGAUGUGUUCACACUGGACUACAACUACCCGCUAUGUGCACUCCAGGCCUUCGCCAUUGGGCUCUCCAGCUUUGACAGCAAGCUGGCAUGCGAAUGAGAGAAGCCACAGGCAGAGCUGCUCCUCACACGGCUCUCAGGAGCAGAAGUCAGCCCUUCGGAUGGUCUGUGAGCACAUGUAUGCUGUGUGUGUGUGUCUGCAGAUGGGCUCACAGGUAUAUACAUUCACAAAUGCCCCUUCUCCGGGUUGGAGAGACUCUGUCGGGGUGCAGUGUGGCCUGGGUAAGUGAGUGUUCACAGCCAGAGAGCUACUUGUCAGGAACCGGUGACUCCUGAAGUGGCUGUCCUGCAGGCUGAAGAAUCAGGCUCUCACAGUCUUUUUUUUGAGACUGUGGGACUCACUAUGCAGUCCAGUCUGGCCUCAGACUCACAAUGUAGCCCAGGCUGGCCUUAAAUUUGUGAUCUUCUUGCCUCAGCCUCCUGAUUGCGGGGUUAUAAAUGUGGGCGCCUGUCCCUGGCUUCUGGAUCUCUUUUCCAAAGAGGGACAAUUCCCUAAAUUGCCUUUAGUCUGCAGGCAGAAAAGCAUGCACACCGUCUCUGUAAAAGUCCUGCGAGUCUCUCUCACAGCUACUCAGAUCUGCCUUCAGAGUACAGAAGCAGCCAUAGAUAUCUGCACACAAAGGAGUGUGGCUGUGUCCACUAAACUUUACUUGCAAAAGAGAUGGCAGGCAACAUUUGGCCCAUGGGCUCUAGCUUGCUACCCUGCUUCAGGUCUGUCUUGUACUCUGUGGUUUGAGCAUCUUCCAGAGUGGGCCUGUGGUCACGAGCCGUGCGUAAAAAGUGGCCCAGGGGAGCGCGGUCCUAAAAGAUUGUCCUCACCAACAUUCGUGUAGCUCUGCCUUUGGAGAAAAUGGGUCUAGCAUGCUGUCUCCCAGUCAGCGGUCACUGUGCGUCCACACAGGUGACCUCACCCUGCUGUCCCACCAAGCUUCCUCGUGGGAGAAGACAGUGUCUGCAGUUUAUGCCCAGAAAGAACUUGGGCACCCCCACAGACGCUUGGGGCCCCUGCAGGUGCUCUGCUACAGCUCUAAGUGUCACCACUCCCUCUUCCCUGCCUUCCCCCAGCAGCCUGGUGGGUGCCUAUCUCCUUCAGAGUGGCUGUGGCCAGAUCUGUGCUCAGCUUUGUGAGAACAUGCUCUUAACUGUCUUCAUCUCUGCUUAGGCUGACGUACAUUCUAGAGGGGACUGCCUAGGAGGAUGAGGAGCCCUUUGGUAGCCGCCUUUAUUCUCAGCCCAGGUGUGCUUCCCACACUCAUCUGCAGACCAUGGAGUAGGGUGAGGCAGUGCCACAGACAGGCACUUGCUCAGUGUCCCUGUUAAGAGAUGUGGCAGGAGAGGCUUGGGAGGCCAGCUAGCCAACCUUGACGCUGCAGACCUCGCUGGGCAGAGCUCGGCUGCCCUUGGCGUCUGUGUUUCCAGGUCCCCAAAGCCUAGCCCAUCUGCGUGAGCGAUGCUCCUGGGCUGCCCCUCGCAGAUCCUAAGACUCCUAAGUCUUUCUAGUGGUAAACAUCUCCCAGCAGAUGGAGAGCCUCCUCUCAGGUCACUGGCCCCGCAGUGUAUCUGAACUCGAGACUCCAAAAGCCGUUCCACACUCAGCACUGCUCAACUCCCAAGCCUUCAUGCUCUGAGCUGUUUGCCAGCCUGGGAUAUGGAAGCAGUGCCCCACGAUAAUUCCCUUCCCUGUACUUUCCAUGUCUCUGCUUCCGUUGUUCCUUGCUCCACAUCCAAUAGCCAUGAGAUACAGGCCAGAGAUCCAGGAUGAAAAGGCUCUGCUAUGUGGGGCCGGCUUGUUCUGACAAGACUGGUUUCCAUCUCAGGCAAGCUUCCCAUCAAGUGCCUCAUUUCUAAAAGUGCCCUAAAGCCCGUCCACCUCUGCCACCCACUGUCCCAGUGAACUAACAAGCCACCCUUGCUGGAACAAAGCUGUCCCUUCUCUCCAGCUGCAGUGUCACAGUGAUUGGGGACUGGGGACCUUGCUAGGACAACUAGAUCUGAUCCUCUGUCCUCUGGCUCAGAGAGCCGUAGCCCCACUUCCAAGUACUCUCAGCUCGAGUACAGAAAUCAUGUUUAUACCUUUUGUAUGCUACAGAAAUAAAAUAUUUAUAUUAAAAACGUG